AUGUACCGCAUUGGCGCCGCAUUGGCACUAGAUGCCCGCACUCGUGGCGACAGCGGGGGCUUCCCUGCCUGGAAGGCACAGGCGGUUCGGUGGAGCGAAGCCAUUGGAGUUGAUGUUGCUAAGCACCGUGUUUGGACAAGUCGGCGAGACUUUGUGGGACGGGGUGUUCCACAGAAUGAGCGGGUGCAAACCAUGCUUGAUCUGGUGUGUCUCCAGAAGUGGUCUGAGCAUCCAAACCGUGGGUACCUUCGUGAUGUUGUUUGGCCUGACCUCAUGUGCAAUGUGUUCCUGGACUGGAGCCAAAAUCCAGCUCGCAGGGCUUAUUCAGGAAAGAAUGGAGAGAUGCGCUGUUUGACUACAUCCUCCCAACUCUACUCCUUUGAAGCCGACCGGGCACUCUUUCCGAUUGAGUACAUGAGGCUCCAGGGAUGGGGCUUUGACAUUGCUAUCCCUGAGCAGUGUGCAGGGAAGAUGCGAGAGCUGUCAGGGCAAGGCAUGUCGCUGCCGUGCCUCGGAGUUGUGAUUUGGGCAGUGUAUCUGCUGAAGGGCCUCCCGUCUUGUGCCGUUCAUGCUGAUGAUGAUGGUGAUUGGGAGGUCGAGUGGGCAUCCUUCAACUCCAAGAGCCAACCGACGGGUUUGUGGUGUGGAGUGCAUUUGAAGGUGGUGAUACAGCUCUACCCCGACCAACCGCCGGAGGUUGUUGCCGUCCUUUAUCAUGAAGACUCGGAGGCUGGACGUACUUGCAAACGAGUGAUUGAUGAGGCAGCCCAAAACCUGAAGGACGGGGUUGAGUUCAGCCUGCCUGCAACUGUGAGCUCCAUGGCGAGCCAGGGAGUCCGCUUGGUGUUUGAAAUGGCCUUCUGCUCAGAAGGGGAUGUUGUCCGCCUUGCGGGGCACUCCAGCAAAUUCCUCAAGCUGCAAGAAGUCCUGCUGCAGCCCGAGCAGCGUGGGCACCCAGUGCUUGCAGGCUUUUUGUUGAGCCUCCGGGGGUUGCCGCUGGACGAGGUGUUGAGCCUCAGGCGUGUCCAGGUCUAUCGCGACACGGCUCUGGUUUUGCGCGAGGAUAACUUGCAUCCUGAAGGUAUGGUACACGAGUCCCAGCCGUCAGUGCUGUUGACGUUCCUUUCCCGCAAGCAGACCGAGAGCUACCCCAAAGAGUUUGUGGGCCACUCGACCCGCACGGUGCCUCCUACCCUCCAGCAGCUGAUCCAGCGGGGUGCUGACUUCAAGCAGCAGGCCUUUUUACAUGACAGUCUAGCAGUCUCGCAGCUUAGGCUUAGCAUUCUCGAAUCAGCUCCUUGCUUGGUUCUCUUAAGGUCCUGA